UUUCUAUUUGCUACAAGAAAUCACCCUAAAGGUUGAAAACUAAAGAAUUUUUCUACUCCAAAAGGUGAUGGCGAACAUAAAUAAAAUACACCCAUCGUUGUAAUAACAAUGUAUUCAUCGCCCCGCUCUAAAUAUACUAAUCUAAUGGAAGGUUAUCAAUGACUAGUCAGAUAAAAAAACUCGUUUCAGUUAUUAGUAUAUAACUGAUUUACGCAUACGCUAUUUGCUAUUUGCAGUGAAAAAGUUUGUGUGAUAUCUGACUAAAAACAACUAAAGAAAUGAAUAUAGCCGACGCGUAUAAGGAUGGUGUGGUUUUCAUCACUGGUGGUACAGGGUUUCUAGGAAAAAUACUCACAGAAAAAUUGUUAAGGUCUUGUGAUGUGAAAACUAUUGCGGUUCUUAUUAGAGAGAAGAAAGGAAUAACUGCCAGUUCAAGAGCUGCGGAUAUCUAUAAACAAACUAUAUUUGACCGUCUUCGAAAAGAAAAGCCCGACUUCGUGACUAAGAUAAAAAUAAUUGAUGGAAAUUUGGGAGAACCCUCGUUAGGGUUUUCAACAGACGAUCGUGAUUGGAUGAUAAAAAAUGUGAAUUUUGUUUUUCAUUGUGCUGCUACAGUCAGGUUCAAUGAAACUAUUCAGAUGGCAACGAAAAUAAACAUUCAAGGAACAGAAAAUCUAUUAGAACUAGCAACAAAAAUGAUUAAUCUUAAGGGUUUUGUGCAUGUAUCAACCGCUUAUUCACACUGUCCGAGAAGUGAAAUUGAAGAAAAAUUCUAUCCCGUUUCAACAUCGACUGAAGAAUUAAAAGAUUUAAUUAAAAAAGAUGAAAACACACAGCUCUUUUCAGUUGAUUGGCCUAACACGUACACUUUCACGAAAGCACUUACAGAAAAUGUAAUUUUAAAAAAUAAAAAUCAAUUACCGAUUUCAAUAUUUCGUCCAUCAAUUAUAGGGUGCACACAAUCUGAACCAGAACCAGGAUGGUUAGAUAAUAUUAAUGGACUAUCUGGAAUAGUUACUCCCCUGAUUGUUGGCGUUUUAAGAACAAUUCAAUUAUCCAGGGAUAAAAUAACUGAUAUUGUUCCAGUCGAUUACACCGUAAAUGCACUUAUUAGUGUAAUGUGGAGUACAGCAAACAGACAUCAAUAUAAUUUCGAAAAAAACAAGGAACCAAAAAUAUAUAAUUACGUAUCUAGUAUUGAAAGCCCAAUCCAUUGGGAUGAGGUCAUACAGUAUACGUUUGAAACAUACCACCAGGCGCCUCCGCUGGAAUCAAUGUGGUACAUAUUUUGUAUAUUUUCUACCAAUCGAUGGCUCAUUAAUAUUUUGAGAUUUUUUUUACACUGGAUACCUGGUGCAAUCAUAGAUCUUAUUUCAUUCAUUGUUCGUGGAAAAAAUUUAAAGAUGCUGAAAAUGUAUAAAAAAAUAGAAAACACGAAUGAUUUGCUCAGAGUGUUUACUACGAGUGAAUGGAAAUUCGACAACAGUAAUACUCGAGAGUUAUGGUCGUUACUAAGUCAAGAGGAUCGUGAGACAUUUUGGUUCAGUUUCGAAAAAUUCGAUUGGAAAUCCUAUAUACCGCGUACUGUUUACGGGAUUAGGAAACACAUUUUACACGAAGAUUUAAGUAAUUUGACAAGCGCAUUAUCAAAAUAUCGAAAAUUAUUUUUAUUACAUAAUUUGUGCAUUUCCCUUGUUAUCUACACCGUGUUCAAAAUAUGUUGGUUUUUUGUUGAAUACUUCAAUUAUAUUUAAGAAAAAUGCGCUCAAAGUAAUUAUCAAAUAAUUAAACAACCUUAAAGAUUAAUACA